AUGCCUUUCCUUCAUGCUUUGACAAGAUUUGUGAAGAACGAGCAAGAGGAUAAUAAGCAAGAUGUUAUUGAGAUGUUGAAGAAGAUUGAGGGAUUUAAGCUAUUAGCCAUCGUGCAAAUGAGUCCUAGUGUGAGUGCAAUUUUCAAGCCAAAACUUCCUAUCAAGUGUAAAGAUCCAGGAGCUUGCACUAUUCCUUGCCAAAUUGGGAAUGCGAUUAUUCUAGAGGCUCUCAUAGAUCUUAGGGCAGCGACAAAUGUCAUUCCUACUCACAUUUACUCUUCUCUUAACAUGGGAGACCUUCAAGAUUAUGGAGUCAUGCUUCAAUUAGCGAAUAGGAGCAUUAGAAGAUCGAAGGGAUUCUUGGAGGAUAUUUUAGUGAAGGUGAAGGACUUGGUAUUUCUAGCUAACUUCUAUGUCCUUGACAUGUAA